AUGGAUGAACAAGAGGAAGCGGUCAUCUUCGGUAUCUGCCUUGUAGACUUUCAUCAUAAAAGAGGCCCUGAAAUAGAAUACUGGUAUGGACUACCCGAGGGCACCCAAAGCGCAGAACUAUGGCCAAAUUUACCCUUUCAAGCACUUCCUGAUGGUUCCCAUUCUUUUGAAGAAACAUUCACUUAUUUCACGUUGCUAUAUGACGAGAGAAGACAAAGAAGUCCUCCUAACGGGGCAACUAACCUGAGUGAUGAUAGCAUCAAUGACAAUACGACUUUAUUUGCCAUAUCCUGCUCGAGACAAAUAAAAAGUGAUGAAUUGGUAACUAAAGAUAAAGACGUAACUCGGUCUACUGUGCAAAAGGCAAUCGUAGUCAUCUCGAGACAACCAAUUUUUGGUCAAAUCAAAGACAAACUUAGUAUUGUUACUAAUGCUUUUUUCUUGCAGCAUGAUUUUGGGGACAGGAAGAUAAUUCAGUCUUUAUACGAAAACCUGAAGUCGAUUUAUACACCUGCAUCUUUGGUCAAAAAUGCUGAAAAUCGUCUUUAUAUUGGGUUAUGUUUGAGAAAGAUACUACACGAUUUUAAAAAAAAUGCUUUGGUCUUGUUGAAGGCAAUUAUGCUUGAGAGAAAAAUUAUAGUUUACGGUAACGAUGUGGAAGCUUUGUGUAAUUUACAGUUCGGUUUAAUCAGUUUAAUUCCGGACUUGAUGUCGAGCUUGCAGGAUUCCGGCAGUCCUCAGUUGUUUCAGGAUAUUUCGAAGUUAAAUGUGAUAGACUCGUUUAAAUCGAGCAAUCGAGAAUCAGUGUUGAGAUUCUUAGGUUUUCCAUUGCCGAUUUUCGAAAAAGGUGGACUAUUUUCACCCUAUACUCCACUGCAGCAAAUGAAUGACAUACGAUCAGAUCAUACUUUGUUCUUCAUGAUAGGCAGUUCCAACACAUUGCUUGCUGAACAAAAGGAAGAACUAUGUCACAUAUUUGUCAAUACGGACAACUCCACUGUGGAAAUUUUGGACAAGGCUUUAAAUCCCGUCCUCCAAUUGUCAAGUCAUGAUAAAAAAUGGAUCGAAUCUAUAUCUGGAAUCGUAUCAGACACGUGGAACGAAAAUGAUGACGAAACGCCAAAAAACUCUCAAUUUGAAGGGAGUGAGGAUUUCAUUAGGUGGCAGUUCGAGGACUAUUUAACGGGGUUGCUUUCAAGUGUUAAACUAAGUGACUAUUUGGAACUACAUAAAGAGAAUGAUCAAGCUUUGAAGACUAUACCUGAAGAUAUGCUAAGUACCAAUCCCGUGCAUUUAUUUAAUUUGAAUUGGGUUCACAGUUGGAAGGAGACACAAAAUUUUCUGAUAUUCAACUCAAGAACAGAUGAUAGAUUGUUCGAUUUGUUUCCUCCAAAACAUAUAUAUAAUGGCGCCGACACUUUGUCUUUAUUACAGCAACGAUUCUUGGCCACAUUUCAUAAUUUGAAAAGGAGCACCAGCAACUCUUCGAGUAAUAAAAACGGACAUCAAAGCGAAGAGGAUACCAAAGACCAGGAAAGCAUCAACUCGAAAAAGUCUGUUUCGCAAAUUCCUGUAAACACUGGAAGGAACACAGAGAAGCCAGCGACUAACUUAUGGAAUUCAUGGAAGGAAUACUUCAACAAACCAAAGAAUACCGCUAACGAUGGUAUUACUGAAUCCACAGAAGACCUUAAAAACAGAAGUAAAACAUCUAAUGCAAUACAGAAAGCUAUGAUGGGUUUGGGUUUACAUUAUAAACCUGAUGGGGGCGCCGACCAACAAAGUGAAGAGGGAUAUAGUGAGGAUGGUGAGGAUGACGAUGACGAUGAUGAUGGUGACGAUGAUGAUGACGAUGAUGAUGCUGAGGAUGAUGAAGAGGACGAUGAUGAUGACGAUGACGAUGACGAUGACGAUGACGAUGACGAUGACGAUGACGAUGACGAUGACGAUGACGAUGACGAUGACGAUGACGAUGAGGAAAACGGUCAAGACUCUAGUAAUGGUUAUACCGACGCCACCAAUAUCAACACUGAUGACGAUGAUGAUGAUGAAAGUGAACAGAAUCUUGAGCAUAAUGUAGGAAAUUUCAAUGAGGACGGAACCGUUGCAGAUAAGGAUAUUGAGAGUGGUUCUGUGAGUGAUAAAAGUUGCGAAAAUAAAACUGGUAUGCAUGAAAACGAUAAAAAUGUUGAAGAACAGUCUGAGAAGAGGAAUACAGUUGAAAAUACCGAUGAAGAGGACGGUGCGAAUGACGCUGAAUAA